CCAUUUAACUAAAGGAAGUUUUCUCGUUGGAUCAACAUUUUAUAUCAUUUAGAUAAUCUGAAAGCAGACGCUGUUGGUGUAACUGAAAUAUAAAAUGGAAGAACUUUACUGAAGCCCAAAGAUACUGCAGAGAGAAAUACACAGACCUGGCCACUGUAGACAGCAUGGAGGUUAUGAAGAUCCUGAACAACAUGGCAGAUUUAAGCAAAAUGGUCUACCCCACAUACAGCUCUAGAGCCUGGAUAGGACUUCAUGCUGACAGCUGGAGGUGGUCACUGUCAAACACAAGUUUCUACAAACCUGGGGAGACGGAGUUCAGACGAUGGGGGGGUGGAGAACCAGACGCUCGAUACAGUGAUAAAGCCUGCGCAGGGAUGUAUCCUUAUGGUGACUGGUAUGACCACGGUUGUGACAACAGGUGGUAUACAGUCUGCGCAGAUGUCAAAGGGUCAAAGGUGACUUUUGUCGUCGUCAACACCUCUAUGACAUGGCCUGAAGCCCAGAGCUACUGCAGAGAUCGCCACACAGACCUGGCCAGUGUGAGAAGCGCUGCAGAGAACAAGAAGGUACAGGAGGCGGCUGGAGGAAACUGGGUCUGGAUCGGUCUUUCUAGAGACUCCUGGAAGUGGACAGAUGGAAGUAACUCCUCAUUUAACUUCUGGAAGGUCGGCCAACCUGAUAACAAGAACAGGAACGAGAUUUGUGUGGCUGCGGACUUCAGCCAAUCAGGAGCCUGGGAGGACUGGCCCUGUGACAUGGAGAGAGCGUUCAUUUGCUACGGUCCAGUGGUGUCAAAGAAAGUGAUGAAAGUGAAGUUUGAGAACAAGAAGAAUCUGGAUCUGAAUGACCCUGCUGUGAUGGAGGCCAUGUUGAAGCAGCUGAAACAGAAGCUGAGGGCCCAGGGGCUGGACGACAACAUCAAACUGAGCUGGAGGAAGCAGGCCGAUGGAAAAGUCUUCCACAAGGAAGACAAGAAGACCAACAAGAGGAGGAGGAAGAGGGAGGAGUUGUAAUGUUGAGUUGCUGCGUCUGUUUUCAUCAGAGAAAAGUC